AUGCUAAGAAUUCCAGCUGUGACAGCAAGAAAUUAUGUAUCUUUCCAUGUUACGUCAUCUAGAUUGACUACCACUAGUAGAGUAAUCCGAAUUUCGUUGGUGAAUAAAUUUCAUAAUGGAUCAUCGAUUUGGAAUCAAGGAAAGAAUAAAUCUGAUAUAACAACUUCUACUUCAUCAAAAACAAAUCAACAAUUACAUGAUAAUGGGUUUUCAGAUAUUUUUAAUACUAGUAAUCAUGAGCAUAUACAUCUGCAAGAAUCUGAAACCGAGACUAGUGAUAGUUAUCAUUUAGGUGCCAAAAAUAGAAAAAUUGAUAAUACGGGUAUUUCUACAGGUGGUCUUGAACAUACUCAUAAGCAUACACAUUCACAUUCAGAACCUAAUGAAUUGUUAGUUGCAAGUCUACAUGAGAUCAGAAAAAAUGCAGGAGUGAGAAUAACAUGGGUAGGACUUAUGAUUAAUGUUGGUAUUGCAUUAGGUAAGUUUGUCGGUGGGAUAGUAUUUCAUUCACAAGCACUACUAGCUGAUUCCGUACAUGCUGCAAGUGAUCUUAUAUCUGAUAUAUUGACAUUAGUAUCAGUCAAUAUGGCAGCAAAGAAACCAACAAAUGAAUUUCCAUAUGGAUAUGGUAAAAUUGAAACUGUAGGUUCUUUAGCAGUAUCUACUAUCCUUACAAUGGCAGGUGUCUCCAUUGGUUGGACUUCAUUAUGUGCAGUAGUUGGCCCAAUUGUUCCACACACUAUCAUUGAAACAAUAACAUCAUUCUUAGGUACACAUCAAGCACAUUCACACUCGCAUACGGCCAUACCUGAAGGUGUCACUAAUAUUAAUGCUGCCUGGAUUGCAGGUGGUUCAAUUGUCCUAAAGGAAUGGAUUUUCCAAGCCACGAAAAAAAUUGCCAUAAGGACAAACUCUAAUGUUUUAAUGGCAAAUGCGUGGCAUCAUCGUGUAGACUCAUUAACUUCAUUUGUAGCAUUGAUUGCUAUAACAUCAAGUCAUUUCUUCGGUAUUAGCUCGUUAGAUGCUCUUGGUGGUCUUGUGGUGUCUGGUUUAGUCAUAAAAGCAGGGGGUGAAGGUAUGGUAUCAUCUUUGAAAGAAUUAAUAGAUCAAUCCAUUGCACAUGAUGAUGAACGUUAUAUUAAGAUAGAAACGGUGAUAAAAGACGGAUUAGACAAACUUGUCUCUGAUAAUAAUGCAGAUAAGCCAUAUGAGAUUAAUGAAUUAACAGUUCUUGCAAGUGGUCCAAACACUCGUAUUCAUGCAAUUUUACAGGCACCUAUACAAAAAUGGGAUAAUUUACUUGGAAUCAAAGAGAUGGAAAACGUCUCUGAUUAUUUAAGAACAAUUAUUAAGAAGAAUGUCAGCAAUGUAGGUAAAAUAGAAUUUGAGUUUAUAGAGCAGCACAAGCAUAUUGAUACCAAUGAAAAGAAUGUUGCCAAAUAG